UGGUACAUAUGGAAACAUUCUCUGAUGGCGCAUAAAUGCGAGGAAUGCGAUUCACAAAGGUACUCGUCGGGCUUAGCCUAUCCGUGCAACAGGUGUGGCAAGAUAUACAAAUGGAGAGAAUCUUUGAGUCUGCAUAAACGAAUGGAGUGCGGUAUCGAGCCACGCUUUGCCUGCAAUAUCUGCGGCAGAAAGUUUAAACAUAAGCACCACCUCAUGAAACACCACAACUCAAUUCACAAAUAUAAUCAGUAA